CCAAGGUAUCUUCUGGAUAUAAAAAAUGGAUAUCCCGUGGCUCUGAUCUCCUCUACAUAUCCUCUCCACAGAGUCAUAUACACAUACACCAAAAUGACAGGCAAAAUCAUCAUCCACGCUGUCCGGCACGCCCAGGGCUAUCACAACCUGGGUGAAGAGUUCUUCCACCUUAGGGACCCCGCACUAACGCCAUUUGGCCAACAACAAUGCGUCGAACGACGAAAGGCCUCGUUUCAGGAUCAGUCCAAGUUCAGACUCAUCGCAUCAUCGCCUAUGAUGCGAACCCUGCAUACGACGAGUCUAAUCUUUGAUGAGGCCAUCCAGACACAGGACAUUCUUGCUAUCCCGGAAGCACAGGAAAUUUCUGAUCACGGCUGCGAUAUCGGAACCGAUCCUGCUCUUCUCAAGGAGAUGACGUUGCGGAACGAAUGGCCAGUUGACCUGAGUCUUGUACCCGAAGGUUGGAACGAUAAGGACCUUUAUGGGCCAAACAGUCCCGUCACAGGUGCCUGCGCAGCACGUGCUCGCACAGUGAGAAGAAUACUAAGAGAAAAGGGCAUGGCUUUGAGUCAAGACCCCAACGAGGAUAUUCACAUUGCUCUAGUUGCUCACGGAAGCUUCAUGCACUAUUUCAGCAAUGACUGGGAGAACAGCACCACUGGAUGCGGUACAGGUUGGAAGAACUGCGAGACAAGGCGAUAUGUGUUUCAAAACGACGAGUGGGACGAGAAUGCUUGGCUUGUUGAGACUGAGGAGAGCAGAUUGGCCCGCGGCAUGAAGGGUCCCGCUCCCUCGGCAGAGGAGCAACGGCGGUUGUAUGAGAAGACUAUGGUUGGCUGGGUUGACCAGGGAUUGCCGGAUAUCAGAUACCUGGAAACAGCUUCGGUCAUGCCGAUGCAGGAGCAGUCAAGGUUGUAAGAUGCAUUGCAUAUGGAUAUGUUUUGCAUGUGAGUGAUGAUAAAAGAGGUGGACGAGAGCAUAAUGACGGAGAUUCGAUAUAAGGGCAGUGUGAGCGGAUAGAUGCUAUCCGAGUUUUAGAUAUAGAAUAAUUUCUUUUUCUCUCCGGUCCGAAGGGACGAGAAUUCUUCGGGGUACAAGGCGACAUAAGUGGCCCAGGUCAUGUGUCAGAACCGCGCAUGAGAAUCGAGCUGAUAAUGGUGAUGAUCACCUCAAUCUUUUAUGAAAUUUAUACAGCAAUCAGAAUUGGGACACGGGUAUGAAACAGGAGUGACAAAAAAUAUGUACAUAACGUCGUGUCUAAGUAAUGUUCUAACCCUAUUAAUAUACAAGCAAGU